AAAAUGUAAAUUUAAAGAAAUGCAAAUCUUCUAUAAAAGUUACACAAUUUGGCAUAAAUUCAUUCAAACAAUUUUAUCAGCAAAAUAAUUAUUGUUACUUGUGUUUAAAAUUAUCGUGGAAUUUGGAUUUAAAACAAUCUCUGCAGCAUCAUUUACGUUUGUCCUUUAACCUCUGAGCUUGUUUUAGGAGAGAUCUGGACUACUUAAAAAUUAGAUCACAUCUACAAUGAAAUCUCAUCUUACAAUAAUAAAAACGUUCUAUUUAGCUUUCGUUACAGAUUUUCUUCAAUACGAACUUAUUAGAAAUCAAAUUAUUAUAUCACUGUAUUAACAAAACAACUCCAAGAUAAUGAAAUGAAGGAUAUACUCGUUAAAAAAUCUGAAAAGGAGAAACAGAAAUAAAACUACCCAAAAAUAAAUAAAAAAUAGUGUGUGAAUGAAACUGGAUUAAAUUACGAGACUAACAAACAUAAUCAUAUCGAAAGUUAUUUCUUCUUCAGAAGCUAUAACCAUCAAAAGGACACCUAUAAUAAAAGAAGGCGAAGUAAUAUACUUAUAAAGAUAAACCAUUGAAACAGCGAUCAAGAUAGGAGAUGAAUAAAAAGCGAGUAAAAGGUGAAUAAGUUGUUGAGUAUUCUCCGCUUCGAGGAAGUCGUCGAAAGUAUAACAGUAGGUUUCUCAGAGUGUGGCUAAGCGCCUCGUGUCUCUUCUCCUCAAUGAAGAGGAUCAGUCUAAGUGCCGUUCCUCGAGUACUUCGUAGCUAGCUCCAAAGGAAAGACUCGGAGUCACGGAAUGCAGCAGAACAGUGAAUCAUGACCCGUCAAAUGUUUUGUGGUAGGAAGGGGUAAAUUUCCUUGUAGAGGGAAUCGAUGGACCAAAAGCAUUUGAUAAGGCUGGACAGUGUUCAUUUGACUCUUCCGCCGACGAAAGGAUUUUGGCUCUGAUUUUGGAAAACAGUGGAUACAGUGCGGUAUAGAAAUUUACUCGAGCGAAAAAAGUUCUGAUUUUAAAAUAAAAAAGACAAUAUUUUGUGCAACAGAUGAAGAUGAUUGAUAACUUUUAAAUAUUUACGAAAGUGACAUUUGCAAUGAGCGUAUUUUUUAAAUAAAUCGUCGAUGGAUCACAUUGCUUGGGAGAAGAUUUACCUGUUCAAAUAUAUAUGUACCGACGGUUGCAUAGAUGAAUUUUAAAUGAUAUCUGAAGAUUUUUGGAUGUUCAAGAAUUUUACGAACAUAACGAUCUUUGUUCGAGAUUGUGUAAAAGAGAAUAAUCUCAAAGUAUGAAAGGAUAUUGUUAUCUGCUACGUUCUUUGAUUUCAUCGAUCUUGAUCAAUAAAUCUGAAUGAAUCCCUCGUGAUUGAUAAUGCGUAAUGAAUAAUGCGCUCACGCAUGGAACGUUACGAUUCUUCGAUACUGGAACCCACGGAUCGUAACAUGUUGAAUAACUUUAAGAUUCGUAGCUGACAUUAAAAGCUUGUUUUCGUAUUUGUGAAAACAUAUAUUCAAUGAUUCAUAAAAGAGUCAAAGCCGUGUUAAUUUUUCAUAGCUCUAAUUGGCCACAGAUGAUACCUCGUCGAAAAAUUUUCAUCUUUCUUUCCCUUAUGAUAUUUGUAACGCUGCCUUGUUAUCAAAGUCGUGCCAGGAAUAAUCCAAGUACUCAGAAAUUAAUUAGAAAUAGAGAAUCGUAUAAGUUACCUGAAGAUAAACUUUUAUUCAACUAUACAAAUGAUCGGAAGAAAGAAAAUCUUCAUAUAAAACAAAAUGAUGAAAAAUGGGAUGCGAUACCUAUACAAUACCAAAAGAAAAAUGGAUAUAUACAUGAAUCUCAAUCUGUUAAUUUUACACACAAUCAUACAAGAGACAAUAAACUACUAAUGUAUAGUGAACAGAUCUCAACACACAAAAGAUUUAAAAGAGGUGUGAUACAUUUGUAUAACAUGGUAGUAUGCGCCACUGGAUGUAAUCCUUUAGCUUAUAAGGGAUAUGGAUGCUACUGUGGUUUUUUAGGUUCAGGAUAUGUAAUAGAUGGAAUAGAUAGAUGUUGUAAAAUGCAUGAUUGGUGCUAUGAUGCUACAGAAUGUCCAACAUUUUCAGAAUACUUUGUACCAUAUUAUUGGAGAUGUUAUCGCGGUUACAAACCAGUAUGCGCUGUUGAACAUGGAAAUUGGGGAGGAUCUGGAUCAUGUGCUCAGCGAUUGUGUGAAUGCGAUCGUUCAUUCGCUGAAUGUUUAAAACGUUAUCCGUGUCCAACAACCAAAGCUGUAUGCACUUCUUCACCUUGGAGAUUAGUGCAAAAUCUUUUUAUGAUCAUGUAAUAUUUGGUAUAGUAUUGUAAAAUAUAAAUCACUGAAUUGAACAUUAAUUCAUAAUUUAAUAAUAUUGUGUUCAUACCAAAGAUAAGAAGUGUACUUUAAUAAGUAUUGUAACAUUUAUUAUGAAAGGUACAAAUUUUUCUGUAAUAUCAGAAAUCAACAAGACAAUAUAUUAA